UGCCCCUUUCUUUGCGCUUCACUCACUCACAGAGCAGUUGAACACGUUUCUCAGUGUGUGUUUUCUUCAAAUUAAGAUCAUUAGAAUCGUAUACAGCAUCCAUCAAUGGCGGUAGGAUUGGGCGUAAAUGAUUUCAUAGCUUGCUGUGGAAGCACAAAAUUUGCGGAACAAAUGGUAGCCGAUGGACCUUUUGAUACUUACGACAAAGCUGUUGUCGCAGCCAAGAACAUCUGGUUCAAUAAGGUUGAUGUACAUGGUUGGCUCGAAGCAUUUGCUGCCCAUCCCCAAAUUGGGCAAAACCCUUCUUCAGUUGCUAACAAAAGUUCCACAAGUGCUCAGUGGAGCAAGGGGGAGCAAUCCACUGCUCUAGCCACUGCAACCGAUUCUAGUCUACAGGAACUAUAUGAAUGGAAUUCUCAAUAUAAGCAAAAGUUUGGCUUUGUUUUCCUUAUAUGUGCAUCUGGAAGAAGUACUCCAGAAAUAUUGGCUGAGUUGAAGAGACGUUUUUCAAACAGGCCGAUUGUUGAGUUUGAGAUUGCAGCCCAAGAACAAAUGAAAAUAACUGAAUUACGCCUUCAAAAGCUUUUCUCAAAUGUUGAUGUCACCAAAGCAGAAGAAGGCCGUGUGACCAUUUUAGGAGGGCACUUAACCGCUCCAUCCGUACCCACACGGGUUCGCCCGCCCAUCACAACCCACGUACUAGACAUAGCCCGCGGGUGUCCAGCUGGCGGAAUCGAAGUCCUAUUGGAAGUGUACACUUCCAAAAAGUCUGGCCCGGUGUUUGGCCAAUCAGGUGAUGACAUGUGGACAUUUCAAGGCUCGUCUGCUACCGAUAAAGAUGGAAGAAGCGGUCAAUUGAUGAAAAUAGUCAAUGAGUUGACGCCGGGUGUAUACCGAAUAAGCUUCAACACGGGAAAAUAUAACCCGGAUGGUUUCUUCCCGUUUGUUUCAAUUGUUUUUGAGGUCAAAGAGUCGCAAAAAAUGGAACAUUUUCAUGUCCCAUUGUUGCUUUCUCCUUUUUCAUUCUCGACCUAUAGGGGUAGCUAGGUGUCUCUUUAUGUUAUUGAAUGUUGUUAAUGUGUAAAAGUAUCUUGUUAUUUCUUGCGUUUCCCUUUGUGACACUUUGUUAUCAUGGGUUUGGGAUGAUUAAGUUUGUAUGCCAUCAUUGUUAUUAUAAAAAUAAUAUUUUGUAUUCACAAAA